AAUAUCUAUAAAUAAACAAAAUCCCUUUCUGUCAUUUAUUUUCUCUUUCUUCUCGAAACCCUUGUUCCCAACCUCGUUCUCUUUCUUCCUCUCCGUCAAACCUUUCGUUCUCACCUCGAUCCAAUGACCACCGCGGCCAGACCAACUUGGGCGCCUGCUAAAGGUGGAAAUGAACAAGGCGGUACUCGAAUUUUUGGUCCUUCCCAGAAAUACUCCUCGAGAGACAUAGCAUCUCACACCACUCUCAAACCCAGGAAAGACGGCCAGGAUACACAGGAUGAAUUGAAGAGAAGAAACCUACGCGAUGAACUCGAUGAACGUGAACGAAGACACUUCUCAUCGAAAAAUAAAUUUUAUAAUGAUGACAGAGAUCAUGGAAAAGGUAGUCAUCUAUUUUUGGAAGGAACGAAAAGAGAUUUUGAAGACCACAUUGUUCCACGCAGUGUUGAUGCAGAUGAUUCGGAUGUUGAAGUCAAUAGCGAUGAUGAAAGUGAUGAUGACGAUGAGGAUGAUACUGAAGCUUUGCUGGCCGAGCUUGAACAAAUAAAGAAGGAAAGGGCAGAGGAAAAGCUGCGCAAGGAACGGCAACAACAAGAGGAAGAUCUAAAAGUAAAAGAAGCAGAGCUUAUGCGUGGAAACCCAUUGAUAAAUAAUCCUACAUCUUUCAAUGUUAAAAGAAGGUGGGAUGAUGAUGUGGUCUUCAAAAAUCAAGCCCGUGGUGAAACCAAGCUGGCUAAGCGAUUCAUCAAUGACACCAUCAGGAACGAUUUCCAUAGGAAAUUCCUGCACAAAUACAUGAAGUAAAAUCCUUAUGUUAAAGACCUGUGGUUGUUUGGAGCCUAAAGAAACUUACUUUCAUUUUGUAUCUACAUGUAUUAUUAACUGUUGAUGGUUACAUUGAUAUUUUCUUACGUGUAUGUGAACAAGAUACUCAAUGUUGUAGUAAUUUGGUCCAUUUAUGGACUACUUGAAUUUAAGAAUCUGGUUUGGCAUGAAA